AUGAAUUUCCAGAUGAGUUGCAAGGACUUCUACAGCUUUGUGAUUGCCCAGAAGCAAGUCAUGACUUUGGCAAAAUCAUCAAAGAAGUACGAGACUUCUGGCACGUCCGAGAGAUUGCGAUUAAGGGCUGAUAUGGAGCUCAUCUGGGCAGGGAGCCAGGUCGAUGAUGAUAAAACUGUUCGGCUUUCCAAUGAGAUCUCGGACGGUGAGAAAGAAGCCAUUAGGAAUAGAAGGCCAAAAGUACUGGCGUGCCUCAAGAGCCUUGGCAUUGCCUGUGAAGAGGAUAACACGCCCAAUGUUGCUGUCCUAGGAUCAGGCGGAGGUCUGCGGGCCAUGAUAGCCCUUCAGGGAACCUUGGUGGAGAUGAAGAAUCAGGGUCUUUUGGAUGCUGUCAUGUAUCUGUGUGGGGUAUCAGGGUCCACCUGGUGCAUGUCUUUCCUCUACAAAGAGAAGGACUGGACAGAGAAAUUGCAGGUCUUGGAAGAACAACUGUGCAAUACACUUCCCAAACCUCCAUGUGAUGUUCUAAAGGCGUUUUCUAUCUUGUGCCAGGCAGCUGAAGAUGAACUCUUCUCUCUGACCGAUGUCUGGGCAUUUUUUGUCUUCCUUUUCAUGUUGAAGAAGUGUGACCAGACCACGUUAUCUCAACAUGAGGUCGCCUCCACAAGUGGGACGAAUCCUUACCCCAUCUAUGCAGCAGUUGAAAUGAAGAAAUUGCAUGAAGAAGGUGGAAACAGCCCAGGGACCUGGUUUGAAUUCACCCCCCAUGAGUGUGGCUUUCCUGGUCCAGGGGCAUUUGUGUGCACCAAGUACUUGGGAAGCAAAUUCGAGGAUGGAAAUUUGAAAAAACAGAGGGAAGAGAAAAAUAUCCACUACCUGCAAGGUUUAUGGGGAAGUGCCCUUGCAAGCCGUCAACAUUUACAAGGUAUCAGAUGCACUUGUGCAACUUGUCAGUGUAUCCUCCUCCUUCUGGAGCUUCAGGUUCAUGCCUCAGCCGGAGAAGACUGUGAGGGAGUCUUCAAGAAGCUGAAGGAAGUCCUGAAAGGUGAGAACAGCAAGGAUUCCUACCAGAAGUGCUGUGAAAUGAGUGAGACCUGGGGUUCAAAGACCUUGGAAGAAAGAAUGGCAGACUGUGAUGCACAUGACAGGAUUUUUGAAAUGGAAUUUGGAGGAAAGACUUAUGUGGAGCUGGGGCUGAGGGGAAAUAUAUGGAGUAUAUGUAAAUUGUUAUGGAAAUUCUGGAGCUGUUGCCGAGACUGGAUCUGGGGGACAACCAAUAACUUUCUGUACACAUGUGACCCCAAAUCCAAAUCUCCUGUCUUCACCAAGGACAAAAUCAUCAGCUUGAUCGAUUCCUGGACUGCCAUAAAUUCUGCCUACCCCCUUGUUCUGCGCGGAGAGAGGAAAGUGAAACUAAUCCUCUCCUUUGACUUCAGCGAUGGGGAUCCUUUCGAGACCAUCAAGAAAACUGCCAAGUAUUGUGAGACAAAUAACAUCCCAUUUCCCAAGAUAGAUCCAGAAAAGCUGGACCCAUGUCACCCCUCUGAUUGCUACAUCUUCAAAGGAAAGGACGUUCCCAUCGUCAUGCACUUUCCACUCUUCAACAUCAAAAAUUGCCCAGGUGAAAUAGAGCACUUCAGAAAGAAGUUUUCCGUCUCUCAUUUAGUCUACAUAAAGAAAGAUAUUGAUGAACUCCUCGAAAAAGCAAAGAUGAAUGUAUCCAACAACAAGGAGAGGAUUCGGGAGGAGAUCCAGCGGAUUGUGUCCUCCUCCACCAAGGAGUUUUAA